AUGCCAAGCCCCGACGUCUCACAACCACGCGGGACUCUGAACCUUGCCGAAGCCAGUAUAAAAGAUCUUCUCCAUGCUUUGGAAAUUCGUGCCAUCACAAGCGUUCAGCUCGUCUCGCUCUAUCUUCACCGGAUUGGUGUCUACGAUUACCGAGGACCGUCCCUGAACUCGGUCUGUGUCCUCAAUCCAAGGGCGUUCGAGGAAGCCCAACAAUCAGAUGAUUACAGAGCAAGUGGCCAAACCCCAAGGGCCCUGGAAGGGAUUCCGUUCACGGUCAAAGACAGCUUCAUGGUCAAAGGUAUGACCGUCGCGGCCGGUUCACCAGCCUUUACCAACUUGAUCUCCUCCGAGGAUGCAGCUAUUGUCUCGCUUCUACGACAAGCCGGAGCAGUGAUACUUGGAAAAACAAACAUGCCACCAAUGGCGGAUGGAGGCGCCCAGCGCGGUCUCUACGGCAGAGCCGAAAGUCCCUACAACCUUCUCUAUUCCACUACAGCAUAUGCGUCUGGCUCCUCAAGUGGCUGUGGUACCUCUACUGCGGCCAGCUUUGCAGCCUUUGGGUUCGCCGGAGAAACUGUCUCUUCAGGUCGUUCACCUGCAUCGAGUAAUGCUCUGGUUGGGUAUUCGCCUUCACGCGGUGUGAUACCGAAUAGGGGACAAUGGCCCCUUUAUCCAACAUGUGACGUUAUUGUUCCUCACACAAGAUCAAUGGAGGAUUUGCUUUCUGUUCUUGAUGUUAUCGUGGCCGAUGAUUUGGAAGCUGCUCGCGGCGUUGACUUCUGGCGGAAUCAAAAGUUUGUUCCCAUUCCAAAAGCUUCAGAAGUGCGGCCAGCCAACUACCAGGAUUUGAAGGACCCAAAUGCACUUGUUGGAAAAAGAAUCGCUGUUCCACGAUGCUUUAUUGGUGUGCCAUAUGCCAAGCCACACCAUGUGUGCAUCGAAGCCGUUCAACAGCUAUGGGAGAAAGCCAGAGCCACGCUGGAGUCAUUCGGAGCUACAGUUGUCGAAACGGAUUUUCCGCUGCUUGAGAAUUAUAUGAAGCAGGAUUUUCCAGGCCAAAGCUGCAAUGUGCCAGGAAUGUCGCAGGAAUGGACUAGUACUGAGCGGUGUCAAAUGAUUGCCACGGGGUGGGAUGACUUCUUGAGAAUGAAUGGGGAUAAAACGUGCCCAAAUCUGACAGAAUGUGACCCAAAUAAGAUCCAUCCUCACAUCGCCCCUAUGGAUGACCCGUCUAAGCACACCGAGGCGCAGAACCAGGUCCGCUACCCGGAGAUGAUUGACUCUGUCAGAAACAGGCAGCACACACUUUAUACCUUCCCCGAGGUCGAGACAGCCCUGAAAGCCCUAGAGGCAAUGCGAAAGCGAGAUUUCGAAGAUUGGAUGGAUAGCAAUGACUUUGACUUGAUGGUGUUCCCUACCAAUGGCGAUGUUCCUCUUGCAGAUGCUGACGAAAACCUCCAAUCGAUGCUUCAUGCUUUACAAGAUGGCAUCAAGUACGCCAAUGGCGGUCGGGCUCUCAAGCAUGUUGGGAUCCCUUGCAUUACAGUUCCAAUGGGCAUCAUUGAAGAAAAGGAAAUGCCUGUGGGUUUGACAUUCGUAUGCAAAGCUUGGAAAGAUAAUGAUAUGUUGCGAUAUGCCUACGCGUAUGAGACAGCAUCUCGAGCUCGCACACCCCCAAGGUUGACUCCGUCGAUACCAUCGGACCAUAUACCGCUGCUCUCUCCCUCCACCAAAGGCUCGAUCAAGGCCAAACCGAUUCUCGAUAUUCGAUCAGCCACGUGGGUAACCCCGGAGAAUCUCGAAGAGGAGAUCUAUCGUCAGGUCUCAGUGAGCGGAACCGUACAUUCGAGUGACUCUGAUGUUCCCGUGUCAUCCGUUCAAGUUUUUGUCAAUGGUGAGAAAUCUGCCGCUGUCUCGCUUGCGGAGGGUGAAUGGAAAUGGGAAACUCUGUUGUGUCGACCCAAGAUACACGAGCGUUUUCCGACGUUAACGAGAGUUCCUAAGGAUUAUUUGCUUGUUGUGGUCAUUGCCACUUUAGCAAAUGGAAGAAAUGCGGCGCACACUUUGCUGGUUGAUUAG